AUGAUAGUUCGAGACAUUUUAUCGAUACUGAUAGCGUUAGCGAGUGUUUCGGUACCGGUGAAAGAAAAUCCCAACAAAGAUUAUUUAGAAGAACUGAUCGAAAAUCAAGGAUAUAAAGUGAAAAAAUACGUGAUCACCACUUCCGAUGGGUACCAGCUCUCCUUGCAUCGCAUCCUCAACCCACAAAAAACAAAAAAUUCGGUUUUAUUACAGCAUGGCCUGCUCUCGUGCGGUGCCCAAUGGGUCGUGAACGGCAACAAAAGUCUCGCUUUUAUGCUAUUUCACGCUGGAUACGAUGUCUGGAUAUCAAAUUCUCGCGGAACAUCUCUUUCCAAAGGUCACGUGACCCUUUCGCGCAACGACCCGCAAUAUUGGGAUUUUAGUUUUCAUGAACUUGGAUUGUAUGACGUGCCGGCAGCGAUUGAUUUCAUCCUGAACAACACAAAACGAGAAUCUCUUCAUUACAUCGGCCACUCUCAAGGUUGCACAAGUAUUUUAACAACCGCAAUUUUACGUCCCGAGUACCAAAAGAAAAUUAUUUCCGCUUAUUUGCUCCAUCCAGCGGUUUUCUUGCACAAUCUGUAUCCCGUAGCACGUGAAAUAACGCACGACAUUGUGGAUAUUUUGUACGAAAGAAACGAGCCAUGGUUUAUUUUGAGAAAUACGUUAUUUUCAUCGAGUUCUUAUAAAAUUUGCAAUGCCCCGUUGGCCGGGAUCGCGUGUUACGGAUUUUUCAUGGAUUUGUUUGGGGGAAAUAGUCAACAAGCGGAGAAUCCACAGAUAGUGAUCUCUAAAAUUUACGUUGAUUACGUUUUUAAUGACGCAUCGAGGAAGCAAUGUGAGCAUUUGGUGCAAAUUAGUGACGCUGGAAAAUUUCAAAUGUACGAUUAUGGCGAAGAAAUGAACAAAAGGCGGUAUAACGGGUCAAAAGUGCCUCCAGAAUAUGAUUUGUCGGCAGUUUCGUUUCCUGUAAUGGUCACCUAUGGCACCAUCGAUGGAUUAACUACAGAUACGGACUCAAAAAUCCUCAUCAGUCGUUUAAAAAACGUCAUAAAAACGAUUGAACUGCCCUAUAAUCAUUUGGAUCCGAUUCACAGCAAGCACGUCGACAUUUGGCUGCAUCAACCUAUUAUCGAUUCAUUAAACUCGUAUGCCAGUAACUGAUGAAAAGAGCCAAAAUAAACGUUUUACUAAAGAUUUAAGUGCGACAUUUCGUUUAAAAAAUUCAUAGCCUUUCAGUUGGAGCAAAAUAAAAGAAUAAAUUAUGAAACAUAAACAUGAAAGUACACGAUAAAAUGACACUUACACCAUCCAGAGUUCUUGACAUGUUGACUGCUGCCUGUUAAGAUCGAGAAAACAUGACAACACACAUCCAACCUCGCUACGAGGCACACCAACGGACAUAAGAAACAUAAAAUGUAAAUAAUAUGUCCCCAAAAAUAGCAACUACGUGCUUUACAUGACAACAUCAACGAGAUGACCAAUGAAUGAUAUGACGAAGAAAGAAGACGAAAAAAAAAAUCGUUGUAAGAAAAACCCAGAAUGAUGUGACAGACGUUCCACGUACUUUUGCGGCCAAAGCAUUUAAUGAGUGACCGAAAGAUAUUUUAAGUGGCCUCUUUUUGUAUGAGAUUUUAUUAUUAUUAUAACACAUACGGUCCAUUGUCCGUCGGAUUCUUAUCUGAUUUCAUCCCAACUUAACUAGCAAUGAAAUGUCCUUUGUUAUUGACAUAACCAGGCACAAUCAUGCGAAACGUACACACACACAGAGGGAAAAUCUGUGCAAUAUUGUGUUCGAAAUUGGAGGACAAAC